AUGGCUGCCAAGAUCCCAUCUUCUCAGGCUACGUACCAGCCUCUUCCAAGAGAGGACCCUUCUGCUGCUUUGCUCGAGCCCUCUGAAAGAGACAACAGUGAUGAUGGAAAGUCGCCUGUUUUUAAGCUCAACUUCUCUUUGAUCCUGUUGCUGCGCUUGUUGGUAGCCCCUCUCCUCAUCACCGACAUCGUGUUCAUCUGCAACCCCUACUACUCUCGCGGCUCAGCCGGUGUGUUUGCUGCUGGAGGUAUUCUUAUGGCUAUUUGGCAUGGAUCUCGCGUCUUGAAGAGCUGCCUCCCCGGUGGAAAUGGCAACAAAUUCAACAUCAAGAUCGGAAGCUUGUUCUGCAUGUGUGGUACAACAUCGACCUCUAGAGCAGUCUCUUCUAGGAUGUGGUCAUGGCUCGUCAGCCUUGUCGACUUUUCCUUCGGUCUCUACUUCAUCGGCCCCUCUGUUACAUCUCUUGCAUACGGCAACUUCAGAGAAAGUGCGGCUGUGGGAGGAUUGAGUAUCACUGUGGUGAUUAUGCAAUCGAUUAUUGCUUUCCUCAACUUGUUCAGCGUGUUCCGUAAGAUGAACAUUGCUAUCUACAAGGGCGAGGAGGAGCAGGACCGCCUUUACUCGAUUCCAGAGCUCUUCCGUGAUGAAGCAUCCGAGCCCCGCGAUUCGAUGUCUUCUGAGGUCUAA